AUGGGGAUGAACCACCGAGACCCUCCAACCACCGCCUUGGUGAAGAGAUCGCCACCUGGUCACUACUACAUCGCCGCCAUGGAGCCUCCUAGUGUCGAUGCCAUCCUCCUCCGUUCCUAUUGCUUCACUUCAUCUUUUCUUCUCCCUCAGUUCCUCGAAGCACCACCACCACAGUCAAGUCAUCCGGCGGCGCAGCCCGUACCCAUUGAAGACAAAGCAGCCAUCAGUAAUAAUGAAAAGAAACUCAUAACUACCACCUUGGGGUGGUGGUUGCCACCACCAACCGCCAUGUUGGGUGGCGGUGUGCUUAGUUGUGUUUGGGUUGCUUUUAGAGUGCUAGGACACGAUUGGACUAGAACAAUAACCACCACCGUGAGGUGGUCACUACAAGAAAAAUGCGAUUUUGAUAAGGAAAGAAUCUGUUGCAAAAGGAUGAAAUUCCGUUGCAAAAGACGAAUAGCUACGGAAUUUGAAACAGUACAGUUCCGUCCCAAAAAACCUUGUAGCGAAGGUGUCGCAACGGAAACAAUAAUUCCAUUACAAAUGUGA